AUGGCUGAGAAGGUGAGGGUCGCGCUUGACAGGCUCGGGGAGAUGUAUGGCUCUGUGGGAGAGCUUCUCCGGCUUCCGGAGACCCGGCGGGCCCUCGCCGGCGAGAGAUGGGUGACCCGGGAGCUGGACGCAUCCGUCACGCUGCUGGACGUCUGCGCCGCCGCGAGGGAGGCGAUCUCGUCGGUGAAACAGCAAGCGCAGGACCUCCGGUCAGCGCUACGCACAAGGAGAGGCGGCGGCGGUGCCGUUCGCGCCUACUUCCGCACGACGAGGGCGGCGCGCGAGGAAGGCGCCAGGUGCUUGAGAAUCCUGAAACAGAUGGAGCGGAAGCGGGCGGCUCGUCCGCCAAGGUCAGCGGCGGCGGAGGGUCUGACUGAGGCGGCCAUUACGGUCUUCCGGUCGCUCUCGUCGGUCAUGUCCCAAGGGCCGCGCCGGGCGCCGGCGGGAGAGAAGAGAGGGUGGCUGCCGGAGAAGAUGAAGAAGAGAACGGCGGAGGACGUCUCGUUGCUGGGCCUCGACGGGAGGCCUCGCCGUGAAGACGACACCGCAGGGUUGGAGGCGGUGGAAGAGGCUCAGAGGCAGCUGCACAGGUUGGAGGUGGGGUUCCAGGGACUUGAGGCCGGGCUGGAGGCCGCGUUCCGGCGGCUGGUCCAGCACAGGGUCCUUCUGCUCAACAUUCUCAGCCAGUAA